CCUUCCCACUCAAGUCAUGAUUUCCGGGCUUGCUGCUCUGUUAGCUUUCCCCUGCCCGGGUCCUGCCGUCUGGGCAGCCUGGACUCUGCCUUGGCCACCUCCCUAAACCUCUUCCAGCUCAAGAACAGCCUUCCGGACGCGCCCCUUGGCCUCUUCCUACUGAAGCCACGCCUUCCUGUUGUAGCUGACAGCCUUCGAUCUGCUCCUCUGCCACUGGCUACACCCCUCCACUCAGUCGGUCUUUUCAAAAUGCCGCGCCCCAAACAUCUCCCCCGCCCCCCGUCUCCCUUCCUCUCCCCUUCCCCCAAAACCCCGCCUUCGGAGUGUGCUGCUUUCCCUCAGCCCCGCCCCAGGACCACUCCCCUCCCGCCGGAGCCUCGCCUUCUAGGCGUACGGCUUUCCUCGGUCUGACCCGAACCUCGACUGCUUGCCUCGGCUCGCCACGUCUCCCGGCUCUGGCCACGCCCCGAGCCCCUCCUUGCAGGAGCCACGCCUUCUGGGUUGCCCCGGCCCCUCUGGCUUUGCAGCUUUGCAGCUUCUAGUUGGCUCCACCUCCUGGCCACGCCCCCGGGACGACCCCCGCCCGAGCCUUGCCUUCUGGGUUUGCUGUUCGCCUUGCACCCCGGCUGGCCCCUGCCCCGGCCCCGCCUCGUGCCCCCUCCUCACUCACCUCCCUCUAGCCACACCUUCUGGGUUUGCCUACCCUCCGUUCCACCCGGUGGCCGAGCUAGUCAGGCCUAGUCAGUCACCAGUCCCGGCCUCCAGCCGGCGGUGAAGCCGGGCCGGUGCAGUCCCGGGCCUCAGUCCCUUCCCUAGGAAGGGACAGUAGGGCUCCUCGACAGGCCUCCGAAAGUCGCGCCGGUUUGGCCAGUCCGGCCACCUCAGCGCCCUCAGGGGAUUGCGGGCCUCACCACCACCGGAAACGGAAGCGCGGGACAGCAGGACCAUGGCGACGCUGUUCGACCUCCCAGACUUGGUGCUCUUGGAGAUCUUCUCUUACCUCCCGGUCCGGGACCGGAUCCGCAUCUCCAGGGUCUGUCACCGCUGGAAGAGGCUGGUGGACGAUCGGUGGUUGUGGCGACAUGUCGACCUGACGCUCUACACGAUGCGUCCGAAAGUCAUGUGGCACCUUCUGCGCCGGUACAUGGCGUCCCGGCUCCACUCGCUGCGCUUGGGCGGCUACCUGUUCUCUGGCUCUCAGGCCCCACAGCUGUCCCCUGCCUUGAUGCGGGCCCUGGGCCAGAAGUGCCCCAACCUGAAGCGCCUGUGCCUGCACGUGGCUGACCUGAGCAUGGUGCCCAUCACCAGCCUGCCCAGCACACUGAGGACCCUGGAGCUGCAUAGCUGUGAGAUCUCGAUGAUCUGGCUGCAGAAGGAGCAGGACCCCACAGUGCUGCCACUGCUGGAAUGCAUCGUGCUGGACCGAGUGCCAGCCUUCCGUGACGAGCACCUGCAGGGCCUUACCCGCUUCCGAGCCCUGCGCUCGCUGGUGCUGGGUGGCACCUACCGGGUCACCGAGACCGGGCUGGAUGCCAGCCUGCAGGAGCUCAGCUAUCUGCAGAGGCUAGAGGUACUGGGCUGUACCCUGUCAGCUGACAGCACCCUCCUGGCCAUCAGCCGCCACCUCCGAGGUGUGCGUAAGAUUCGGAUGACGGUUGGGGGCCUCUCAGCCCAAGGCCUGGUUUUUCUGGAGGGAAUGCCUGCCCUGGAGAGUUUGUGCUUCCAGGGUCCCCUCAUCACUCCAGAAAUGCCCACACCCGCUCAGAUUGUGUCCUCCUGCCUCACCAUGCCUAAACUCAGAGUGCUUGAGGUGCAAGGGCUGGGCUGGGAGGGGCAGGAGGCAGAGAAGGUUCUGUGCAAGGGCCUGCCCCACUGCAUGGUUAUUGUCAGGGCCUGUCCCAAAGAAUCCAUGGAUUGGUGGAUGUGAAGGUAUCACCCAUCCAUCCCUGGGACUUAUCCUAGCUUUUAAAGUUGACCUUCUAAGCAGCAAACUGAAGCAUGUAAAUUAAUCAGGCUUGAGGAAACUGGAGGUCACAAGGAAAAGAAGCCAGGACCUUUGGGCCUGCAAGCUGGGGUUGUCUGUCAUCUAGAUGACCUCAGCCUUGUCACCCAGCCUCUGGGAGGCCCAGUUCACACGUUUAGGAAUAGGCAUCAUAGCUACCUCAUGAUUCAUUUGCAAAUCUUUACACCCCACCCCCUUUUUUCCCAGUACUUGGGGAUCAAACCCAUGUUCGGCCAGCACUGCUGUGCUCCUGAGCUACACUGGAGCCCUGGAAAGCCUUAGUUUCUAAUAGACCCCAGAAGAGGGGUCAUUUUCAGGGUGCAGGUAGACAGAGUUCAGGCUCUGAGGUCUGCCUGGCUGUCUGCUUGUAUGCUUGGGAGACAAGCUAUUGGAUUGUCCUAGUAUUCUAAAAAUUUCUCAAUUGUAUUUUCUGUAUUUUGUAUCCUACCUUUUUCAAGUUUUCUACAGCAUAUAAUAUUUUACUAUUAAAGAAAAAUAAUGGUUUUUCAAA